UCAACGAUUUGCUCCCUCUCUCUUUCUCUCGUGUCACAUUUGACAGUAGUAGAAGGCAAUACUUAUAUAUUUAGUUCAUUGAAGAAUUUUCUACAUCUCCGAACUGUCAUGAAAAUUGUUAUGCUUCGUGGUCAUUUCGCGAGUGAAUGAAUGGUCAGCCAUUUUUAAACUUCACACUACCGUAAAAUUUAAAGCAAAAAAGCAGAUAGAAAAUGGCUCAGCGGAACUUGGGUGAAUUUAGUUCUGUAAGCGUAUGCUAUUAAACGAAACGUGGAUAUUAUUGAGCUAAGAAAAGUAGGUGAUUUUAAUCGGUCAGAGAGUUUGGUUUUUUGCGUCUUUUGUAGCGGACGGUACAUCAGCACAAUCACUUGAGCACCGUGAGAUUUAUUAAACGGUGAACUGUCAACACCUUGAAAAAUUAAGAAUAAUGUACGUUCAACUAUCAUCUCACUUUUGUUGAGCAUCCUUUAAUUCUGAAAUGUUACUGAAUGACUGCCGGUGAACAACGCUUGUACAAUUUGCGUUGCCAUACCGGAUACAUUGACUAAACAGAUUAAUUGAGACGUACGUAAGGCAUCAGCGAUGUCGAUUUUAAUAUGCGACAGGAUAGAUACCAGAGAUAUCCUGGAAUGCCAGUGCUAAUGCCAAGUGGUCUUAAUAAUGGCAGAUAGUGUACACAGAAAACCGCACAAGCUGCUGUCUGAUGGGAAUAGAAAAAUUGUAACUCCUGUGCAUCGAACUACGUCUGAAACGAUACGAUUGUCUGACCCAGACAAGUUACUUCCACCAGCUAAUCUAGCUGUACAGAGUAAUUCAACUUCGAAUAAUAACCAGUGCCGCAAAAAGACUUCCUCUUUCCAAAUCACGAGCGUCACAGUUGCUUGCCGCAUGAGCAACGAUGCUGGAGAGGAUUCGAACGACGACUUGGAUGAGUCGCACACUGAAGACAAUUCCGUGGAGCAUUCACGGAUCACCGACCUUGAGACGCCGAGCUACUCAGAAGAUACGUUUUCGAAGGAAGACGUCUUUUUCAAUACAAGUAACGUUGCCCUUGGUUCGGCACCGGUGAUCCCAACAAGCUCCCAGUACGGCCUCGCAAUAGUGCCGUCUGAAGGGAGCAACGUCAGCAAUUCUGUCAACGAAAAUAACAUUAACAAUCUGGACAUUGCUUCUGUCACUGACAACAACAUCAUCAACCUGAUUUCCGCGGGCGCAAAGCAGGACCCCGAACUGCGUGAGGUUCACCCUCACGGCAGAAACGAGCGGUUCAAAGUUGUCAAAAUCGAAAGUACCGAGCCUUUCAAACGUGGAAGAUGGACGUGUAUGGACUACCUCGAUCACACAUCGGUCAAUCAAUCCAAUGUCAUUGGAGGUGCAAAAGUUCCUGAUCCGAACGAGGUGUGCAUAUCGUACGGAGUCACGGACAGCGGAAUCGUCGUGCCUGAUGCACUCAAGCAAAAUUCCGUUGCAGACGAAAAAGGUAGAAGCUUGGACUUGAACGGCCAUGUAACUCACCAAGAACUUCACGGAAUGAUGGGAAUGGCAGGUGGUACUGGAACAAUACCUGGUGCGAGUUAUGCAAUGAACAAUUCAAUUGCUCAGAAUAUACAGCAUAACACCGUGCAGGUUCAGUCUCAGACUCAAGUACCCCAAUACUUUCAGUCUUCAAAUUUAGCCUCUCAGCAGCAGCAGCAGCAGCAGCAGCAACCUGGAAGUCAGGGAUCAACGUUACCUGCUAAUCUACAGCCCAAUCUUCCCAACAGCCUCGGCCAUCCGCAGAGUAUGCCUCAAGGUUCCAUCUCCAUUCUUCCUCAGGCCACUAACGGCGUGCCGACUCAAGCAAAUUUAUCUCUCUCGAAAGAGGAAGCUUACGUGACAGUUAACUCCCAAGGCCAGCCUCUGCCAUCGCAAAAUGUAUGCCCCCCUAAUAUAGUGCAACAGCAACCUUCAAUACCGACCUCCCAGGCACCUAACAUACUUCUCUCGCAUCAUCCUCAACACUCACAACAGCAGGGACAACUCCCGCAACAAUCUCAACAUCCUCAACAGCAGGGACAACUUCCGCAGCAACCUCAGCAUCCACAACAACAAGCACAAAUUUCACAACAUCCUCAACAAGUUCAGCAUUCUCAGCAAAUUCCGCACCCGCAACAAGUUCAACAUCCUCAGCAAGUUCAACAUCCUCAGCAGGUACAACAUCCCCAACAGGUGCAACAUCCACAACAAGUUCAGCAUCCACAGCAAGUUCAAAUCCCUCAGCAGGUGCAACAUCCCCAGCAAGUGCAACAAGUUCAACACCAACAACAAACGCAACAUCCACAGCAUAUUCAACAGACGCAGCAUCCUCAACAAAUGCAACAUUCACAACAACAGAUUCCACAAAUAACACAAAUCUCCGAGCCAAUGACCUCCGCCAUGCAAGGGAUGCAGGGCAUUCAAAAUAUUCACCAAGUUCCUCAAUCAGGCGGCCAGUCCCAGUCAUCGAUUCACAUCCCUGGUGCGCCAAUACAAACGCAGGUUAUCAAUCCUGGCCAAAUGCAACCACAGAGCAGUAAUACCCAGGUUCAGAUGACUCAGGUUCCAGCCAAUUGCCAAAAUGUGCCAGUCGGAGCAAUAGGUGGAAUGCAACAAGGAAACAUGACGUUCCAUCAACCUGAUCAGGAGCAGGACUCCAUUUCGAAUAUUCAGGUUGUGUCUGGAGCACAAUCAACCGAUCCAGCUGUACUCGAGACUCUCGCCGAAGUUAUUCAAAAUGCCGAUGAACAACCGCCUGUCGAAGACACUGAAAGUAUGUCGGGAACUAGCGCCGUAGCUAUUGAUAAUAAAAUUGAACAAGCUAUGGACUUGGUAAAGAGUCAUCUAAUGUAUGCUGUGAGAGAAGAAGUUGAAGUGUUGAAAGAAAAAAUAGCAGAGCUGAUGGAUCGCAUUAAUCUAUUGGAAGCUGAAAAUUCAAUUUUGAAAGCUCACGCUUCGCCUGACACCUUGGCUCAACUCAGUCAAGUGACCACAAAAUUAUCCAUAAACAACACUGGCAGUGGUCAGUAGUUAACCCAUUGUACAUAAGUUUCUCAUGAUACUUUCUCAAGUACAUAACGGAUAAUAUAAUUAUUGUAUAUAUAACUCUACGAUUUUUAGAAAUUUAUAAAUAAUGAGAUUUAUUAUAUAUAUUAUAUAUAUUAGCAUUAGUAUUUUUUUUAAGUAAAUUAAAGAUAAUAGAUUAUUUUUUACUCUUUCAGUUAUACGUUUAGGAAAUACAUAUUUAAACUGCUGUAAA